CCUCAAUGAACUUCCCGUGUUUUUGAUGCUAUGAUAAUGGCGGACGACCCGAUGGCGGGUUUGUAAGGCUGGCGAAAUGUAACGUCUCUGUUUGUCAAUAUAUGACACUUGAUCUUCAUGUUCAGCGAUAAAUUGAUGGAGAAGUGGAUGCCGUAGAACUAGGUCUGCAUCAUGUCAAAGUUUGGAGCAAAGACAUACGGCCGAAAGCAUGACUGCCGCUUGGCUCCUCCAUUGGAUCAGAUUAUUCUGGAUAAAGGAGACAGCAAAGCCAGUUCAGCUAAGAUGUCAGUUGCAGCUGUGCACCGGUGGGGCAUGACUUCAUUCACAUCUCUUCGUAAGGCAGCUCAGUCUAAUGGCCAGCCUGAUGGAGUAAAUGAGGGACCAGUGUCAUCUGAUGCAAAGGCUCCCAACCCUCCAUUAGAUGACGACCCAUUCAGUUUUGACAUUGACCACGAUGAAACGUUGUCUCGUAGCAGCAAAAGUGCAAGCUCACGUUUGCAUGGCUCGGCACAGGACCCUGCACACGCAGGCAGCCAGCCGCUGCCUCCAAAGCCCAAGAAGUUCUUCAAAAGCCGCAACACCACUUGUACAUCAUCACCAUUAGCAUCUCAGACAUCAGCACGUGCUGUGGCGCAAUUUGACAGACUGCGUACAUCAAGUUCCAACUCGGUUGCUAGCAAGUCUAAGGACAAGAACGAACCUGUGUCCAAAGUGGGCAUAAGCUGGGGCCCUGAUGAUAAUGUUGACUUCCGAUGUGUAAAACUGGAAAAGAGCAGAAGUGCAGCUGCACUUUCGAGGGAUCAUCCACUUACUUCUUCUCUGUCAUCUGGACCUGCAACUGCUGCUCCAUUGACUUUGGCUCCUGUGAUGGCAGCUGCUAUGACUGUGGCUCCUUCAACCUCAUUACCUUUAACUGCUGCACCUCAUAUGUCCGCUUCUGUGACGGCUGCCCCACUGCCUGCUGCACAAGGAUUGCCAACACCUUCUACUUUUAUCGCUGAUGAUUCUGUAAAAGGCAGUGAGCCUGGUGAUGAUAAUGAUCACAGCUCAUUCCAUGCUCCGCCAGUCAUCCGAACAUACUCUCGAAAGAGAAACCCAGGUGCUCCAGCGGAGACGCCAGGCAUGGUGAUACCGGUCAAGAGAACUGCAACGACAGUAGCUGUUAGUGAUGCCUUGGUAUCUGGUUUGGUGCUGGUGGUGCCUAGUACAAACGUAGGUAUGACCUGUGUGACUGAUGUUAGUGAGGUGGCAAGCUCUGGUGAAACAUCUUUUCCUGGAGAGGUGGCUAGCACCAGUGAAAGAGUUGCUGCUAACUUGUCGCUCACAGACACAAAAAUGGAGGAUGAACCCCCAGUGACCUUGCAACAUAUUAGUGCAGCGGCCUCAAACUCUCCGCUUCCCAGUUCUCAGGACUCUGAGCUGCUAUCUAUGGCUGGUGAUGGAACAUCUCAAGGCUCAAUUACAGAUUCACAGGAGUCGACACCUGCAUUUCAGAACUUGCCAUCAAGUUCACAAGAGGAUGCGGUGAAACCUUCUGAACCAAAAGCAUCGUCUUCUAGGUGCAUAUUCAAGAGCAAGAAGAUAUUCCAGAGUCCAAAGAAGCCUAAAGCAGUUUACAAGCUUCGACACUGGCAGACCCCAGAUGCUGAGGAAGACCUUGAAUCGACAGAGGCUGCACAUGAUCGAAACAAGCUUGCUGAGGAAUUUGACGAAGAUGUGUUCAGUGACAAUGCUCUAACAAGAGAAGUACAUCAACCAUCACAGCCAUGGAAAGAUGCUGUAACAUCAGUGAAGUGUCCUCGCCAGGCUCGUGGGCUGUACACAGUAGUCCGCAAUGUGAAAAAGGCCUAUCAAUGCCACGAAUCGGGAGAAACACAAGAAUUCAAUGAUGACAUUGAAUAUUUACUGGAGGGAGUGCAGCCUGGCAAUCCCAUUGGAGCUAGAUGCCUGAGUGUUGUUGGCCUGGCAUCUAAGUGCAUGGUUCCAGCAUUCCGGAUGCACUUACGAGCUCAUGGAAUUGUGUGCAAAUUCUUCAGUGCCUUAACUGAUGCUCCUUCUGACCCAAGCCUGUCACUGUGCACAGCUACGUUGUUCUUUGUCCUGAGCCAAGACCGUCUCACUAUGGACCUGGACGCGUCUACACUGUCUCUGAUGCUGCAACUGUUUGAGUCGGACCCUCAACAAGGGGAGGGUGGCUUGACUACCACUCCAAGCUCCUCCUCUGAGCUUAUUGAGAGGCAUCGUGAGAAGGUGCAGCAGCUUUGUGAACAGAUGCAGCAGAAAGGUCAUGCCAAGCACCUAAACCUCAACAGAGUCAAUACUGGCACACUAGCACUGGAGACUCUACUAAGCUUAACAUCUAGGCGAGCAGGAGAGUGGUUCAAGGAAGAGUUGCGGUUACAAGGUGGACUGACGCAUAUUGUAAAUACAGUGAGUGAAUGCCUCAGUUAUUUUGGAGAAGGGGUCACAGUCUUGGAAAAUCCAACAGACUUCAAACUGGAGAAGCUGAAGAAGAUUGACAGAUGCUCUCGUGUAUUAGAAAAUGUUACAUACAUGAAUCCUGACAACCAGAGGUACCUGCUGGAUUUCAAGGACUCCCUCAUGGUGGCAUCAUACGUCAGGCUGCUGUUGUUGUGCCAGUCUAGCCUGAUAGUACACCCAGUUCUGAAUGAGCCUACAGCAGGAACUGGUGGCAGCAAAAUGGGUGAAGGCCAGAUCACCUCAGUGGUUUUGCAGAGCUUGCGAGGACCUGGUGCCGUUUUUUUCUCCUGCCUGUUGUCUGUCCUUCGUGUACUUCUGAACAUGACACAUGAGAGCCUCUUGGGCAGCAAAGUUGUUGGUAGCCAACCAGGACUACUCGCUGCCAUUUUGCUCUGCAUCCUGCAAGUACCAAAAGCAGUGCCAACGGAGCAGCGUUUCGACCUUUUGGUUUUGUCACUGGGAUUACUCAUCAACCUAGUGGAGCACUGUGAAGAGAACAGGGAGCGCCUGGCUAAUACGCAAACAGUCGGUUCGUUUGAAUCCGUCUGUGACCAGAUGGAGAUGCCGGCAUUCAAUGCUCUCAUGGAUCUGUUCACAGACAAAGUUGAGGCAGCUCACCAGUCUGAGGAGCAAGCCAAUGAGCUGCUGAGCAACCAGGAGAAGAAGAUGAAAGCUUCCCUGGAACCACAGAAAGGGGAGCCACUGCCCACCAGCCAACAAUCUGCACUUUCCCAGGCUGAUGACCUUGAGGAGACACUUAUGAAAGCACUUCAGAAAGCUGGCAAGCACAUGGAACAUAGCAUAGUGUGUGCCUACAUUGCCUUGCUACUUGGCUGUGCUGUGCAGAAUAACAAGGAGUUGGCUGAAAAGUUGCGGGAGUACACACCAGAGGGCAAGUUUGAGCCAUUGGUCGACGCACUUAAGAAAUUUCACAAUUUUAUCAAUCUUACGGGUGUGCUUGGAAAUCGAGCCACAAAAAGCAUGCAGUGUGUCAUCAAAGUCCUGGAAGACAGCUGAUUAUCCAAGGCCAGGCAUUUUGACCCCCUUGCAAGCUUGCCUACCUUGCCUUUGAAACCUGUUCUAUCAAGGCAGCCAAGUCUGAUUCCAUGACAGCUCCCACUCACUGGCACGUGUGCAUGCUAAUUGUGAAGGCCUUUUUCUUGACACAGCAACCUUGCUCUUAAUUCUGUAUAUAUGUGGCAUGUUUCUCCGUCGUCUUUAUUCCUUUUUUUCUUUCUUUUAUUUCUCCAUUGGAGAGGUUUUACAUUUGACAUGCUUUGUGGCAUCAGGUUGAGGGAAGACUGGUGUCCUUGCAAAGACAUUUUGAGAAGUUUUGAGCAGGCCGUGUUCAUUUUUUUAUUGUUAUUAUUGUGCAGAAUGUUAGGCAAGGCAAGCCACCUCAGGCUGGAUCUUGCACACAUUCAUUUUUUUUUUCCUCCACCUCCUCGAAAUGUUCAUUUUCGGCUCCUGUGCUUGGUCAAAAGCCAGCUGUUGGGGUUGAAAAUUUGGCUUCUGUCGAAUUGAGUGAGUGGAAAGCAAACGUUUGAAAACCAAACAAAGUCCAAACAGGUGCAAGAUGCCAGCCCUGUUCUACAUUGGAGAACACUUAGCAUUGCCAGGACUUCAUGUAACCACAGAUACGUGCACCAAAGCGCAAUGUACAGUGUUUUAUAGUUCUAUCAAUUACUAUUGCAACCAGAGGUAGUUUAUUUAAGGAUUUUCAGACAUUGUCUUGGCCUUUUAUUACUUUUUAACAUGUGUUUUACUCCUGCUGAAGUCUUUUUAUGUGGUGGUCUUUAUUUGUCAUCUGCUUCUACAGUGCGAUUCAUUUAUAAGGGUAUUCACAAAAUCACACAAUCUGGUCAUUGUAGCUGGUUAUUCAGUAACCUUCAGUCUGCUACCCAGCAAUGUUUAAACAGCGUCAUUAGAGUGGGCACAUAAGGCAGGGUGCUGCAUCAUAAGGGUGCGUGUGUGUCUGCUCUGCACUUUGGCACUGAAAAGGCCACACACUUCGUGUUUCCAACAAUUGUGGUCCUGAUCUGGUGCACAGUGCAGUUCACUUUUAUGGGGAACACACUAAUGUGUUAGUUUUCACUUUGCGGGUACUCCAGCCUCAAGUUCUGGCUGAAGCUUUGCCAAUGCAUUGGACAGUAGUGUAGGCACCAGUACCAGAAUGCAUCUCACCUGCUCCAACGCCGAACAAUUCCACACAUGCCAACAAGAAAAAAAAAAAAAGAAAAUCCUUGCUUUAUGCUCAAGCGUUCCAUUUAACAGUGAGUUGCACUGUACAUAGUAGUUGACCAUACAAACACUCUAGUUUAGAACCCCUGUAUUAAAGCUCACACGUACUGUUGCAUUGCACAUUAUUUGUGUUAUAAUUGGGGUGUCGAAUUAGGAAAGAAUGCUUGGGUGGUUUAGGUUUCAAUUUGUCUCUUAUUUCAAUUCAGUUUGGGAAAAAUACAAACUAGAGUGGUUCCAGGAUUGGUUCAGUGCACUGCACUUUAUUAUUGGCCACACAUGGUAAGUGUCUACGAGGAUUGGAGGUGACCUGAGUGGCACAUAGGGGGCAUAACUGUGUUUAAGCAGAUUAAUCAAUCUUUAGGUUAAUUUUAAUUUAACAUUGCAGCAGCAGAUAUGUUAUUCCUCUUAAUGUAAAUUUAAAUAUUUUGCAAUCUUCUAUCAUGGUAGCUUUGUGGCUAUGAUGUGCUACUAAACAUGAGGUCACAUGUUUGAUUGCUAACCACGGUGGCUGCAUUUUGAUGAGGGUGAAAUAGAAAAAUUUAGGUUUAGGUAUCUGUUGAAGCUUCCCGGGCGGACAAAAUUAAUUGGAAGCCCCUCACUAUUGCAUGGCUACUUAUAUCUUGGCUUUGGCAUGUAAAGCCCGAGAAUUAAUUUUUUUAAUGCCCAGCCUUAUGUAACUCAGAAGGAUAAACUGUUGGGCGAGUUGGUAAUUCAUUCUGGAAAACAAAUAGCGCGAAAAAACGUGGGACUAGUAAAAGAAAGCAACAGGACAACUGUGUGGCUAAACCUUCUCUUGCUUUGAACAAAGUUGAGAUAGGGUAUCUGGAUGCGCACAUCUGAGGUUUGGGUUUUGUGCGUGGUGAACGUGUGGUUUGCUUGGUAUAAAUACAUUCGUUUUUUUAAUAAAGGUUCAGUUGUUAGUAUGCGCUUGUCCUGUUGCUUUCUUCUACUAGUCCCACGUUUUUUCGCGCUAUUUGUUUUCCAGCCUUAUGUAUUCUGAAUGCACUUGUACAUAUCAUUAAGUGCAACUAAGAUAGCAAAUGUCUGUGACGAUGUACAGUCACACUUUAUAUGAGCUGUAUAACAUGGCUCCCAUGGUUGAAGUGGUGGCAACAUCACACUGCGACACCAACAUACGAAAAAUUGCUGAAGAAAACACUUGUUUGCUGGUAUUUUGUACAGCAGUUUAACAUUGCCGGUGUCGUCGUGUGGAGCUCUUUCACCGCUGGGACCGUGUUGUAGCUCAUAUUGACCAUUACUGUACAUGAUGCAGGAACAUUGUGGCAAAACUGCAUUGUUUAAUGUUUUGUGCCUUGCGCAUCACUUAAGAUGUUGGCCGUAAUAUUGUAAAUGGUGUAUCGAAUAAGUGAAUAGAAUGAGCUGUUCAUUAUGUGAACGUGAAAAAAUUCAUGUUAAAAAAUUAUUGUGUGAUAUUGUUUUGCAAAAGUGACAGGAAGUUUUUUACUACACACUGCGGACAAUAAUCAAGCAGCUUUGUAGUUGGAACUACAUAGACAAAUCAAGUGAUGAAAUAAACUGGUUCCAGCUUUUAAUUGUGCAGUGGAGAGACAAAUAAUAAUUAAUCAUAAGAGGGAUGCUGCUCCUUUCAUAUGCAUUGCAAUGUCUACCUGGCUAGAUUUGAAACUUUGAACACCUGAAUCUAGGUGCCUGUACCUUUCGGCACGUGCUCAGCAUCUGUCCCAAAUUAUGCGUUCAAACCAUAUUACCAGUCUGCUGGCAGCGAGUGAGAUAGGCCAAGUCAGAUUAAUUCUGUUUUGGAACUGCAAUCGUGGAAAAAAAAAAAGGCUAAGAAUCGGAUGCCAAAAAAUUGCACCGUCCAAAACUCUGGUGUCGUUGUACAUUGGCUCUAUUGGGCAUGUGAUGGUGCAUGCCGUAAAGGCAUCCUAAUUGUAAGUUAUGUCCGGAGAAGCAGUCAGGGACAGUAUCGGUUCUGCUUUCAGUCCAGUUCAACACCCUAGUUAUAUGUUGCUUUUUUUUUUUUUUUUUAAUAACAUCCUCAAUCAGGCUACCCUGAAGUUGUGUGCCAAAACUUGUAUGAUGUGCAAUGCUUUGCUAAGGAGCAUCAUAGAGGCAAGUUGUGAAGAAAAAACAGCAUGAGUAGAGUUUCACAUUGUGUUUUGUGCACAACGAAUACUGAGGCUGAGAAAUAAAAUGAAAGUAGUAACGCAAUAACAGUACUGCUAGACCGCAAUCUAUUCUGUGCCCCAAGGUGUGUAAGCGACCUUCCUAAUUGCUCCUUGGUGUAGUAAGGAGCUGUAAACAGCAGCAGUGCUGCUACCUUGUAUGUUGGCAGAGUUCCCAACUGUUACCUCCACAAGUGCACUAACAUUUGGUUUGUUUCUUCUUUCUUUCCUUUUUUCUCAUACUUACAAACUCCUGAAUUUUCUGAAAUGUUAAUGAAUUUGUGCUUUUUCUGGUAUUUUACUUUCCUCUAAAAUUUGUUUGCCUUAAAAGUUUCUCACCGUUCUCUGACCAUACCCUUGAAAGGCUUGUGAUGGUGAAAGAUCACCAUGCCUGCUUCAAGCAAGUUCAUUCUGACGAGUUCCUGUAGCUGUCAAAAUCUUAUGCUGCAAAGUCACUGUCGUCGGUAAAUAUGUUGCUUGUCAGUCUCUGCUGUGAACAUGUUUGCUGCUGCUUUUGUGCUGGUUUUAAAAGUAAAUCGUAGUUAAUAAAUUACAGUGUGAUUGUGUCCCACAACAAAAGGUUUGUACUUAAGGGAAACCAUAUUUAAAAUACCUGCAUUUCAUCCCCCACCCCUGCCUAGUAUCGUGUCCGCAGAAUCUUUAAGAUUCACACGUUGAGUCGACAGAUAUGUUUUUACCAUCAUUUCUUGGAGGUAUGUCAAUAAUCAUGUCCUUACACUUGGCAGGCUAGAGAAAAGCUCAUUGCACUGAGGCAGUGCUCACUUAUAUUGCUUGCCAAGAUUAUACGCGAGCCCACCACAGAUUUUCUCGGUGUGCCCCGUGUGGUGAUGAUGUCCGGUGAGCAUUGCUACAGUUGAUCGAGGAUGCUAUUAUAAGCCUUUAGUUCUCCUUGAUUAUUAUCACUGUUGUAUGUAUUUAUGUGAACAUAUUAUUUGUUUUGUAGUCGCUACAAGAGUUUGUGGUGUAGCAUCUGAUUUAUAAGUGAUGGUAUGUGUGUAACACUAUAACUGGACUGCACUGUGUUUAAUUUAUCCUGGUGUUAUCUUGUGAAGUCCUCCCUGAUAGCACAGUUACAUUGAGAGUAUGAAAUCUUGCUUUGGACUUAGUGGGUGCACUUUUUAUUUAUUUAUGACCCGUUUUGUCCGGAUUUAGGCAAGUCAGCCAAGGGCAAAAAGGACCUUGUACAAGUUUUAUUUUUUUGCUAGUAAUAUACGCUAGCGUGUUGGUGUUCUAAGCUAUUUGGGCAUCCUUAACAAUGACGUUUUAAACCACAACAUUCAUGAUUUCUUUUUUUAAGUUGCAAAGAGUGAUGGAGGGAGCUCUGCUUGCCAUGUUUGAAAGCUGCACAUAAGUAGCUUUCAGUGUUGUUUUUUCUGUUGAAUUGGCUUAGCAAAAAUGAUAUAUUUGGGUGCAGGUGUUAUACAUGCAGCCUUUCCUAAUGUACAAUGUUGCUGAACUUUUUUUUCAAUCACUUGUUUAGAGCCCUUGCCAGUUUUGCAGAUGGGAAACCAGGGACUAGAAAUAAUGGGUUGGAUGUAUAGGUACUGGUGUAGGAUACAUCUGUGGUACUGUGGAAGCACACUCGGGCCUUUCCUUGCCGUUUUAGAGGGAUGUGUGGAAAUGAGUGGCAUAUGGUGUGCAUGAUUUUUGUGCUUUGUGUAUGUAUGUGCGUGUCAGAGCAGUGUACCCUAGACUGAUCAGUAACAUUGCUGACAGAGUAAAGCCAGAUUCCAGGUUCAGCACCAUUAUUAUAUAUAUAUAUAUAUAUAUAUAUAAUAUUAUUUUUUUCGUUCAUAGCUGGAUCAUCAACCUGCCUGUGAAUUGGGCACAGUGUGUACAUACUACCAUUGUUUCACCGCCACCACCACCACCCACCACUGCAUUCUAAAAAAAAAAAGCUUUGAUUACAUGAGGUCUUUGUUUUACAAGGCUAUUUAUUGACUCUCGAGAUAUUCUGGUUCGUUGUGCUUUGUGGCUGUUUCAUUUUCCUUGUGGGCACCAUGUUAAUUAUGACGUUGUACAAAGUUCAUACGUUCAUGGACGUAUGCUGCACGUGCUUCCCCCAUUUCAUCUUCUUGUGUUUAAUAAGGAUGUGGUAUUUGUAUCAGAAUAUUUAUUUACAGGACAAAAACAACCAAUGUUCUGAAAAAAGGAGUCAAUAAAUUUUAUGAAAAUAA